UUUACUUGCCACCCCCCACCCCCACUCCCUUCUUAUUUAGUUUCUCAUCCCAUUCCUCAGAACAAUUAUAGGAAGCCUAGACAGAGCAACAACAGACCUAUAGCUCACUCAUUGGAGUUGCAGUACUAGCUCUCACAUCAGAGCUCUCUCUCUCUCAAAAAGUUCUAAAACAUUAUCCAACUUCACUGUUGCUAUUUCUUCCAACAAGUCUAGCUCAAGUAUCUCUCUGUCCGUCUUUCUUCCUAUUAUUUAAUAGCUCAAGGCUAUCAAUGUAUGUCAUUGUGCUAAGGUGAACAGAGGAUGUGAUCCUCUUAACCCGCACAACUUGUUCUCCUUUUCCCCCUUCACAUUUAUUAAUGUUCUCUAAUGAAAUCCAUGUCAGUAAUGGAAUGGUUAGAAAGCCCCAGAUCAGUCUCUCUGUUCCUCUUCUGGUGCUGCAGUUGGCUGUGAGUACCAACUGGGUCUCCAGUUCAUAACCUUUUUGGCCUGGUUUUACACACUCCUCCAUCAUCCUCUGUUCUCUGUUUCUUUUACUUUCCAAGACUUUUGCGCUGCUUGACUGCUUGAAGAUUGUCAAGAUGGGAUCUUUUUGAUCUGGCCGGUUGAUAUAGCAUUGCAUGAACGUUUGCAAAACAGGGUCUUGAAUUGGGGAGCAGUUGCUCUUAUUUUCAGUUUCUUAUGUUUUUGUUGUUAAAACCCCUACCUCUGGAUUAUGGUUUGCUCUGAUGCUUCUGGUCUUCUUGUUUACUUCUUGUUAAAAUUACUUCAGUGGGAGGUGUUUUGGUAGUUGUUGCAUGGGAUGCACUGGUGAGGGUGGUAGUUAGGAUUCGUUCAGAGCUCCAAGAGGUGUGGGUGGCUGGAAGAGGAGAGGGAAGGAGAGAAAGGAAGUAAGGUAAAUAGAAGAAAGUGACAGAGAUAAAAAGAAGGAGAGAGAGUGUUCAGAGAAUUGAAAAGGGUGUGUCUUUCAUGGAUUGGGAUUCCAAAAUUUCUUCAUGGGGUUUGCCUGAAUUGGAGCAACAUGCCGAACCCAAUAUAGGCUCAGUUGUUGGGUCGAGUGGUGUCCAAGGAAGGCAGGAAUGUUCAGUGGAUCUGAAACUUGGGGGACUUGGGGAAUUCCGGCCGCCAGAUAGGUGGAAAGAGCAACCUAGGAUCUCGAAUCCGGUGUCAUCGGCCGGACCAUCUAAGAGAGCUCGAGCUCCAAGCAGUGCUGCGCCGAAUGUGUCGUGCUUGGUCGAUGGAUGCAAAUCCGAUCUUAGCAACUGCAGGGAUUAUCACAGGCGCCACAAGGUCUGCGAAGUCCACUCGAAGACUCCGAUAGUGAUGGUCGGCGGUCAGGAGCAAAGGUUCUGCCAGCAGUGCAGCAGAUUUCAUUUGCUGGUGGAGUUCGACGAGGUAAAGCGAAGCUGUAGGAAGCGUCUUGAUGGACACAACAGACGUCGAAGGAAGCCUCAGCAAGAAUCUAUAAAUUCUGGGAGCACGUUCCCAAAUCACCAUGUGACAGGGUUCUUGACAUAUCCACAAAUAUUCGCAACUGCUACACCAGAGACCAACUGGGCUGGGAUUGUUAAAUCCAAGGAAGAUGCACUGUAUGCCCAUUAUCCACCCCUGCAUUUCAUGGAUAGGCAGCAACAGUUCAGCUCCUUUCCCCGCAGCUUCAAAGAAGGGAAGCAGUUCCCUUUCCUGCAGGACAGUGACACUGCCUUCAGGAGUGGAGCAACACUGGAGCCAACUAUUUGUCAGCCACUCAAAACCAACUCUUUGGCAGAAAGCAGCAGCAGCAGCAGCAGCAAAUUCUUCUCUGAUGGAUUAACCCAAGUUCUUGACUCUGACUGUGCUCUCUCUCUUCUGUCAUCACCAACUCAAACUUCAGGUAUCAAUGUGGGCCAAAUGGUGCCAGCUGAUAGGAUCCCAAUGGGUCAGCCUUUGGUUUCAACAAUUCAGUACAGUGAUCUUGGACGGUACUCUGGUUCGCAAGCUUCAAACAGUGUUUCACCGACCGGGUUUUCUUGUUCAGGGAUCGAGGAUGAGCACGUAGGUACUGUUUUGGUUUCUAAUGCCAAUGAUGCUGAUCUUCACUGCCAGAGUAUAUUUCAUGUUGGGGGACAAGGGCCCUCAACCUCUCAACCUCUUCCCUUUUCUUGGCAGUAGGAAAUCUUUUUGUAAUUUUCCUUCCUUUUAACUGAAAUCCUACCUCGGUCGCUGAGUCUUUUGGAUUUGGAAUGAUCUUUGUACCAUGCAGUAAGCUGCAUAAUAACAAUUCUGCUCUACUUUGUGACAUCUGACGUAGACCUUGAUGAUUUGUGUAUCUUGAGGUGAAUGUACUUCUUCCCCCUGUGAUGCUUCGUAUUGUAGAAGCUUCAUUAGUUUUCAUUGGAUUGUGGAAUUUGAUAUAAUUAUAUAAUUCCUCUGGUUUUU